UGCUGUCAGACUCGCAGUGGGGGGAGUGAGAGAUCAGAGUCGCUCAUCAUGGCCGCCUCCUUAGUGCGCUGGCUCAAGACACUGUACGUUUUCCUGUUGGUAUGUCCCCUGUGUGUCCCCGCAUUCUUGAACCUGGAGGAACUGAACGAGAUGAAGUAUGGGAUCCAAAUCCUGACCGACCCCGUCAUCCUGGGGCAGACCAACACAGAGGAGGUUAUGAUGGUGUCCAGUAAGUACAAGCAGCUGUACGAGUGUCGACUCCCAGCCCAAGCCGUCAGGUUUCACCAGGAUCCUGCUUCCGAGGCGGACUCACAGGGGUACACCGGACCAGACAUCCCAGACCUGCUCACUCCAAUGCACAGUGCCCCCUGUAUAGUGAAGACGAAGGACUGGUGGACGUACGAGUUCUGUCAUGGUCAGCACAUCAGACAGUACCACCUGGAAGACACAGAAAUCAAAGGGGAUGUACUGUUUCUCGGUUAUUAUGAGUCUGAAUUUGAUUGGAACAAUGAAACAGCAAAGGCCUCCAAACAGCACAGGCUAAAGCGCUACCACAGUCAGACCUAUGUAAACGGCUCAAAGUGUGACCUGAAUGGAACUCCCAGAGAGACUGAAGUCCGGUUUGUAUGUGAAGAAGGCUCAGGGGACUACGUUGCCCGAGUGGAUGAGCCUCAGUCGUGCCGCUAUGUGCUGACAAUUCACACCAGUCGCACCUGCCAGCAUCCUUUCCUGCGGCCACCAUCCACUGCCAAGCCUCAGGGUAUCGUGUGCCAGCCAGCACUAAGUGCACAACAGUACAUGGAUUACGUCAAGGCCCAAGUCUCGGACACAAAACGCAAAGUAGAGCAGAUCUCAGAGGAGCUGAGGAGUCUUGAUGAGAUGUUGGCUGCUAAUGAAGGGGCAGAUGGGGCCGUGGAAGUAACCGCUGAAGAUUCAUUAACUGUAUCCAGUGAUGAUUCAGAGCCCUCAGAUGGAAAAGACUCUGCUGAUGUAGCUGAGGACGUCGGGUCAGAGGAGGCAGAGGACUCUGAAUUCUGGGAGGGAGUGACAGAAACAACUGCUUCUCAACAGGAGAGUCAGACUGCAGAUGAUGACUAUAACUCACUUACAGACAAUGAAGUUAUUGAUGACGUUGAUGAAGUAGAAAAGUUCAACUUUAAAAUCAUCACUGACCCGGCAGACCUGAUGAAGUUUGUCCAGCACCUCAAAGAGAGUAACAGGAAAAAAGAUCAAAACCAAGCCAGAAGUCGAGGAGAAAAACCAGCAUUAGACAGGGUGACGGAGAAGCUCGGCCAGGAAGAGAAAGAUGAAGACGAACGCCUGCUGCAGGAUUUCGAGGAUAAGAUAGCUGACCUCUCUGUGCCGUCCGAUAAGAUUGAAGAAAUAAAGGAGGAAAUGCAGAAGGAGUUUGACAACAUCAUAAAUGAGGCCCAGCAGGAAUUGGAGACUGAGGGUCUGAAAGGAGAGUUUGAUCGCACACAAGCAACGCAAACACUAGAGACGACGUUAGACAAGCUCCUUGACCAUUUGGAGGAGAAAGACAUCCAGGACCAAGAGCAACAAAUGGCAGGAGUUCAAAGUACCAGUGAUCCGACCAGGGGCAGCCCUAGCCUGGCUCCAAAACAGCCAGACCAAGCGGCUGACGACCAUGUUAAGAUCAAAAUUACUAAGUAUAAGACGGGCAGCAGCCCUGAUGGGGAGGUCAAAGUUCAGGAGAUGGGCGAAGGAGACCCCCAGUGGCAGCACAUAAAGGACGUGGUUAAAGAGCAGCUAGAGAAAGCAGGACUGAAGGCCGAAGGUAAAAUUGAGGUGAAGAUCUUGACACGAAAGAAUGCAGAGGAGGCAGGUGAUCAGUGGUUGACUGAAGAAGAUACAAAGUCCUUCAGGGAGCUCCUCAUAAACCUCUUGACUGGAGGCACAGAAGAGGUUUACAAGGAGCAAAAGAGGCAGCAGGAGUUAGAAAACAACUAUAGGUUUGUUUGGGGAGAGUCCCAGGAGGAGUCCCAAUCAUCAAGCACCUCUGACUCAGACGAUGUGGACAUCUGAGCUCGUUCAGGACAUUAUGUGGAUCUUCUGUGAAUGUGAACUCCCGUUAAGACCAGGGGGAAGAAAGGACUCUGAAGUGCGGCAGCAAAUUUAAAAAAAAGAGCUGACAUGAUCAAAUCAUUGCUAUGAAAUUUGGCAGAUAAUCAACUCACCUGUUUGCACAUUCAGAAAAUCUCUGGGUUUUGAAAGAGACAAUAUGUGUCUUUAGUAGGAACCAUUUAUAUGUUGCACAAUGAAACAGCAACGUGUCAGCUGUCCCUGUGCAGCCAAAUGCAGUUCUGCAUUUUCCCCUUUUCGAUGGGAUUCAGUUUUGAUAGAUGGCUCAAAAAAAGCCUUGUGAAAUACAACAUGUACCUUUUUUGAGAUAUGUCAGUGAGUUCUACUGAAUAUUUGAAGUUCUAGUUUCUGUCUGACCUGAUACAGCUGAUGGAGGUUGUUGGUGUAUGCCUCAUCAAACUGGAUGAGUCAUUUCACGGAAGGAUUAUACGUGAAAAAAGGGACAAACACUAAAGGGUUCAUUUUUCAGUUCCUGCUUGUCUUUGAAACUUUCUGACACACUGUGUUUGGUGGUAAUGUUACCAACAAACAGAACUGUAGAUUAAAUACGUGUUUGUAAAUAUGCUGUGGCACUUUAUAUUUUUUAGAAACACCAAAUUUAAGCAUUGUUUGAUUAAUUUUUGGUUUUUCCCUCGGGGUGUUGUGUGUGAUUAAAGGGAUUCAAAUGAAAAACUCUUAAAAGGGGUGUCAGGAAGAGAAAUCUUUUUUGUGAGUACCUUGUUAUUCUUUUGACAAAUACUUGCCUUUAUUUUAUUCAAUUAUAUUUAAUUUAGCAAAGAAAAUUGAAGAAAGCUAGACUGUCAAUCACAUUCAGUCUAUGUAAAUAAUUAAUCCAUGCAGCGCUUUUCUAAGGAUCCAUCAGAGGUUGGCUUCAAAGGGCUGAAUUUGUACAGUUCGAGGAUAAUUAUGGCUACAUUGAAACAAAACCUGUGCGUUGUCAUUGCGUGAAUGUGGCUUUGAAUUGAUUUGUUGUAUAUCAGCAAAAAUUAGGAGGCACUUGAGUGUCCGGAGUUAAUAUGUAAACGUUUGUUAGGUCGCAAUCUCCUAACUUAAUUUCACUGCAGGACUGAGUCAUAUACAAACAGUUUCAGGCACCUGACUGAGACAUUUGUUCCUAAUGUAUUCAUUAGUGUCAAGAUGGUGCAUGAGUAAGCAGAACAACAUAUUUAUUCACUUGAAUUCGUCAGACAAAACUUAACAUUGUGCCAAAGUUUAGUGGCAAAUAUGAUCUGGUGGAGACUAGUGAGUUAUCCAGCAAACACCUUAUUUUCUUAACAAUGAUAUCUAACACCAGAGGCAGAAAAGAAGAUCUAUUGAAAUAUUCUUGAAUAGGGCUGUUUUACUAUAUUUUUUAAAUACCAUGAUUUUCUUCAUUAUCUGACUAAAGUCCACUUGAGCUGCCUUGUAAAUACAUUGGGCAAUCUUUGUUUUUUAUUAAAUAAAGAAUACCACUGGGGUCCUCUGUACAUCA